AUGGGGCUGUGUAUUUCAGUGGAACGAGAAGAUUUUGAAGACAUUGUGCGCUACGAUGGUGGGACUUUGCUUUGUUUCAAACACGGAGAAGGAACAAAUCUCUACGAAAAUGGCGAUAUAUACAAAGGGCAAUGGAAAUUGAAUCAAAUGCACGGUCAUGGAGUUUAUACACACGCUAACGGAGAAGUGAGAGUAGUGAAACAAGGAUAUUUUUAUCGAAAUCAGUACAUCGGAAAAGAUCCUGGCAAUCUAUUUACUGCCACAACAUGUUGCACUGGGUCAUGUUUUGGAGGUGCUCAAUCAGAACCUAUUGCAAGUGAUGAGGAGAUAAGAAAACAAGCGAUGAAAGAAAGAGCUGAACAAAAGGCUAAAAAAAGAGAGGCACGGCAACGCCGAAGGGACGAAAUACCACUGAAGUCUUUAACAUAA